GAUAAGGAGAUAGUGCAUUGUUUAAAUAGGGAACUGAUUACAAUCCAGCGUCAGUGUGUGGUGAAAAUACCUACUUGCUUAAAUAGCAACAGGAAGAAAGCAAUUUCUAUAACUGCGUACUUAUAAUCAUUCAAGAUGUACUCAGUGCUACUUGUGUCUCUCCUCGCCGCGUCAGCACUCGGCGCAGAAUGCCCACCAGAGGGCUCUCCAUUCUUCAACAUCCCGCAUGAGACCGACUGUUCUAAGUUCUACACUUGUGCCCACGGCGUCCCGGUGUUGCAGACCUGCCCUGAUGGCACACACUUCAGCCCUAUGCACUUGGUAUGCCAAAACCCUGUGUUCGCCGGCUGCAACAACACUCUCCCAGCGCUCUGUCCGGAUUGGAGCCUCCUCCCCAGGCCGCACCCUGACUCCUGCGGCAAGUUCAUCGUUUGCCAAUAUGGCACCGUACACGUGUUCGAUUGCCCGGCGGGGUUAGAAUUCAACGCUGAACUUCUGGAAUGCGUAUGGCCCACCGAAUCUAAUUGCAACAUUUCACAAGCGUCAUCAGAAAAACCUCAAACGGAGUCGUCUCAAGAUGGCGAUCAACAAAAUGGCGGCCAAGAAGAUGGCGGAUCACAAGUAGGAGGCUGUCAACAAGGAGAUCUGUCAAAGCAUGAAGAUUGCAGCAAGUAUAAUAUUUGCGAUGGUGGAGUACAAGUAGCCAUGGAUUGCCCGGCUGGUUUGCAAUGGAACUCUGAACUCUCGUUUUGCGAUUGGCCAGCAUCAGCCGGGUGCCAAUAAAAUAGGCGUUUCUACAAAUAAUUUAAUAUCUCCAAAAUAAAGAAAAAAUACAAAAUGACAAUA